CUCAACCGCCGUCCAAGGAGGACGCUUUUGUGACAUUCGGUCCACGAACCGAAAGUCGAGCGUUGCCGCGCGGCGCGGUAUACUCGACGGGACGCGGAAAUAUUUUAGCGCGUAAACACGCGCGUGGUAUGCGCGCGGUGAAUGAUUCUUCUCGUUGUCAAUGCGGGCUCGCAUCUUCGCGACGCGUACGCUACUUCAUCAUCCGCUUUCACGCAAUACGCGAAUCGAUUGAUAACGCGAGCGAUAUUUAUCUAGUCUAAAAAUUAUGUAAAGAAGUGAGAUACAGACGGAGGGAACGAGAGACGGAAAGGGUGUGUGAGAGAGAGAGAGAGAGAGAGGGAGAGGGAAAAAGGAAGAAAAAAUUAGAAAAAGAAUGCGCGUCACGCUCUGUCGCUCGUAAGCUUCAUCACUUCGUGAGAAGACGAACAAGAGAGCCAAGGAGGAAGAAAUAAGAGAGAGGAAGAAAUUAGAGAGGACUGGCAUAAACGUAGCCGUGUAGAUAUCUCCCUCUUGGCGAGAUAUAUUUUCCCGGAAAAACUCACACAAUGAUCUGCACCGCGUGCAGAUAGUACUUGUGAAUCGGAGAGAGCUACGAAGCAUCUCUACGGGAGGUUCGCAGGAUCUAUUUACGUACCACUCACCCGAUAUACUUUGUGCUUUGGCGCUCUCUCGAUUCUCCCUCGACCGCUUGCAUCCCAUAAGAAUUGUGCUCUGCUUGUAUAUAUGAUGGAUAUGAUAUCGAAUGAAUUGCUCGUCGCGAGUGGAUUGCCGAUUAACGCAUCCUAUCAUUCGUCCGUUUAUUCACCACCUACAGAAGCAUCUCGAUCUAGGUCAGGUUACGAUUCCAGUAGUGGAGGAGAAUCCGACAACGAGUAUGGCAUGGUUAGUCAAGGCAAUCAAGUACAAAAUCAAGUACAAAAUCAAGUGCAAAAUCAAAUAUCCAUUAACGGUCCAAGUCACGGACAAGGGAAACAUAUAAAUAAAGGAAGAUGGACCAAAGAAGAAGACGCUUUAUUGAAGCAACUAGUAAGCAAUGCGGAACAACUCGGCACUAGUCUACGAUGGGACAUUAUAGCCAGUCGUUUCCCAGAUCGAAGCGAUGUCCAGUGCCAGCAGAGAUGGGCUAAAGUCGUGAACCCGGAGUUGGUCAAGGGUCCAUGGACGAAAGAGGAGGAUGAGAAGGUAGUUGAACUUGUAGAGAAAUUAGGCCCGAAAAAAUGGACAUUGAUAGCGCGACAUCUUAAAGGCCGGAUUGGUAAACAAUGCCGGGAGCGAUGGCACAAUCACUUGAAUCCGGAGAUUAAAAAAACCGCAUGGACUGAGAUGGAGGAUAAAAUAAUUGUCGAGGCUCAUCGUAAGUUCGGUAAUCAAUGGGCGAAGAUUGCCAAAUUAUUGCCAGGCAGGACUGACAAUGCGAUUAAAAAUCAUUGGAAUAGCACAAUGAGAAGAAAGUAUGAAAGCGAAGAAGGACGAGCUACGAUCAAAGGUAGGGGCAAGAGGAAAAAUACAGAAACCACUACUACCAUAAGAGAUCUAGAAGACAGCCUUUGCGACUCAAGUCGGGUAAAAGUUGAUUUAAUCAGCGUCGAGGGUGUCUCGCCGCUAACUGCUGGCAGUACUUCACACACUCUCGAUGUUGAUCUGGAUUGGAUCAGAACUUUGGAACAGCAGCAUCUUACAACGCCCGGAUACCUGGAUACAAUGUUAUUGUCAAACAGAUGUGCACGUGACAAUGAAAAGCGUAUGCAGUCUCCGUCGAAGAGAACCUCUUCUCGAACGAAAACCGAGACAAUUUCAUCAUUCUCUAAGUAUUACAACUUAUCACAAGAAACGUCGAGAAGUUCGGAUAUAAAAUUGAUACCAAUGCCUGACUUAGAGGAGAUAUCCGAACAGACAGAGAAGAAGAGCAGUCCGCCUCCUAUAUUACGCAGACGCAAAAAUGUAGUACAGAGUCUGCAGAGGAUAGAGGAUACCCCUGAUAGCGGACAUCUAUCGGAUUACAAUAUAAUAGACCAACAAGCGCUAACGGGAAACACGACUCCUUCGACUCCUUACAAGCCGCUUCCGUUUAGCCCCUCGCAAUUCUUGAACACUCUGAGUCCGGAACACUCCUGGCCGCGCGCGAGUACUCCUAAAGGAAGCAGUCCCGGUCCGCUUACGACUCCGCAACCUACCGGUCUCCGACGAAAUCAAAACGACGAUAAUACACCGAGGACACCGACGCCAUUCAAAAUUGCUAUGGCCGAAGUCGAACGACGAACCGGAGUGGCACAGUUACCAGCUACUCCUAGUCGUCUAGAUGCUCUGACCGAGAUAAUCAAGCAAGAGACCGAUCGCGAGAGUCUGGCUAGCACGAGUACAAUUCUUCAGGACUCGGGUUACAACACAGUACGAAGACGCGGUAAAGAGAACAGUGCACCAGGAGGAAAACGAGCGCGCAAGGCCCUUUGUCAAGCUUGGGCGUCUCAAGACAAUUCCGAUAUGAGUUUUCUCGUGGAGACACCAAGUAAGAGUUUGAACGCCUCCAUGCUGUUCUCACCCGAAUCCAUGGCACUGGAAGAUAGUUUCUUAACGGCAGGAACUAGUCCAGUAAAGACUCCUCACGACUUUACAUCUGUACAACAACGGAAGCCGAAUGCCAAGAGGGCGAUCACGUUUGACGCGUUCGACAGUCCUUGUUGUAUCUUCAGCCCUUUGCCUCUUAGGCCGAUAAAACGACCCAAGUUACAAUUGGAACCGCAAUGGACAACAGUGGCAUGUGGUCGCACACGUGACCAGCUUGAGAUGACUCGCGCCGCCCGACGUUUUCUAAGCAGUCAUGGAUACCUGCCGUUACGUCCACGUUCUUUGAAUUUUUGAAUAAAAUAAAAGAAAUGGGAAAACGGAAAAAACCACAAGUCGCUCGGCCGCACUUGUGCCACAAAAAAAAAACACAAAACUAGUCGUAGAGAAAAAGAUGUAGAGCGUUUUUGUUCAAAGAAUCGACCAUUAUCUCAGAUAAUCCACGUACUAUGAAUUCAAGAGAUAAAUUAAGCGACAAAUUGAAUCGAUUGACUUUAAUGUGCGUGGAUUAUCAACUCUAUAUUGCGUGAGUGAGGUGGCUUUUUCCGUUAUAAGAGACAGAAAUAAGUGUCUUUAUUAUUUACUUCAAACCCUUUUAGUUGUACAUAAAAUUAUAAAAUUCAAGAAAGGAGAGUGUGGGAAAGGAUAAUGUUUACUUCUCAUCAUUUAGUAAUAAAUCUUUCUUGUCUAUGUAUCGGAAAAUGAGAAGUACAUCUCUUUUUCUUUUUCCUUCUCGCCGGAACUUAAAUUUUAUAAUUUCAUUUACAGUUACCCCUAAUAAAUUCUGUUCUAUGAGAAAAUAGCCUCUGUGUUCUGUAAUUGAUAGUAAAAUAUAAAUAUUUUAACGCGGUAUACAUGUAAAUUAUAUAUAUAUAUAUAUAAUAUAUAUGUAGUAAUAAUUGAGCAUCCCUGUUUAUAAUGCAAUGAUAAUACGUUUACAAUCCAUGGCGGUUUCUAAAAAUGUAUCUAUGACAGAUGAAAAUUGAGAUUAUUCUCUCAUAGGACAGAAAUCGCCUCCAAAUAGUAACUUGCAAUUUUUAUCAUGAAAUUUAUAUGCGUACCGGGUGAUAUCGAAUAAAUACAGAUAUUAACAAAUUUUAUAUUAUUAUAUUAUCACUUGAUACGCAAGUAUUGAAUUCUUGUCAUCCUCUUAUAUGGAAAAAGAUUAGUGGAAUAGAAUUAUAACCAAUUUAUUUGAUAUAAUAGUAUAUAUUAUAUGUAAUAUAAAACAAAAGCAUUGUUGCGGCCGUUAUGUACAAAGAACCAUUUGUAACUAGUAUUUAAUUUACAAAGGGAUAUAAUAAAACCAUGAUAAUCACAACGAAAUCUUUUUUAUGUAGAUAAAAAACGAAGUUUUUCUUAUGUAGAUAAUUGGACGCAUAACAUGCCUUUAACAUAAUCUGUUGAUAAGUAAACAUUUAACAGUAAUAAAGUUGUUUUCAUACAAGUAGUUAUUUAAUAUGAAUGUUAUAAAAACGAACCAUACUAAAAAAUAUUAAAGAUCUGUCAAGCUGCUCAAUUUUGUAGUUUCCUAAAAAUAUAAAAUUCACUAAAAUUCUAUAUGAGCUGUUUUACUUGGAAUGUUAUGGAAUGAUAUAUAGAACUUCAGAAACCUUCUCAGUACCAAUUUGCUUUUCAAUCAGAAGCAAAAAUUUCAAGAUAUUACAUCUGUGCCAUUUAUAAUCCCACGAAACUGUGAAAUUGAAGCUUUAAGGAAAAGUUACCGAUUUGUUUUUAGCCAGUCGUUUCUUAUAUAUACGAGGGCUAUUAAUCGGUAACAAAAAAAUUUUUGUAUCAAAUAUGAUAAAAUACAAUAGCAAGAAUCACGAUUAUCUGCCAUGACUAUCAAGUAUUUCACCUAGUUAUUGUAUAUACGUACAAUUAUACUAAAACAGAUUACGUAGGGAUUUAUAUUAAUAAGUGAAUAUUAAUCACUAGAAGAAUGCCUCUUGGGAGAAAUGUAAAUUCAACAUAUACAUAUUGAAAUGAUUGGGAUACAUAUUAGAAUAUUUUAGCAUUUUCAACCUAAAAUAUUUUCCUAAUCAUUUUCACUACAUUAAUAUUUCAUUGCUGAAUCAGCAUGUGCCACUGGUGCAAAUUUAUAUGUGCUCUUGUGUAAAACAUUCACACUUAAGAGAAAAACUGUUAUGAGAGCGGCGGUACACUCUAUCUUCCGCGACUAGAUUAUGACUAAAGUGAGAUCUUUUUCCAAAAUAAAAAAAUAUGUCCAUAAAAAGUUUUCAAACACAAUUCUUACAAGCAGAAAUUUAUCAAAUUCUCUCUCUUUGUUUUUUCAAAAUGUCAUUUAAAGUGCAAUUAUAAUUAGGCCAUCAAUUUACAUAUCUUAAUACGGCAAGAACGCUAUAGUAUAUGUCACUAUUACUAAUAUGAUUGGCAUUUGUGAAAAAAAUAUAUUCCAACAAUAUUGCACAUUAUAUUGAUAAAAUGUAAACAUUUAUGUGUAAGACUAUAUAUUCAAAGUAGAAAGUUUUACUCAAGAUGACACUGUGCUAAUAAUAUAAAGGAUUUUGAGUUAUCUUGUAUUUCUUUCUCCAUCAACACAGUCACAUAUACAUACAUGCACACACACAAACAUACAACACACACAUCAGUUCACAAUUUUUCAUUAUUUUUCUAGAUAUGAUUAGUAAAUCAGCUACCAAUGCAGUUGCCAUUUCAGAAGGCAAAUCUAGCUAGACACAUACAGGAAAUAUGCAUAAAUCAUACAUAUAUCGAUAUAUCUAAAGAUGUGCAGCAUAAAACUUUCAUCUAUGAAUUUGUUGAGCAAUUUGGAAUUCAAUUUUCUUCUGUCAAAAGUAAUUGGCGGCAACCAAAGAUUCUAAAAAGAUGUAUUAUAAAGGUGUUUAUGAAAUUUCAAUCACCAUCAUAGUUAAUUUUUGAAAUUGAAAAAAUGCAACAAAAUGAGAUGUAUUAGCAUAUUUUUGUUAAGAAAAAGUCGAUUCCAAAUUCAUCAAACAUUGUAUAUACAUCUGAAAUAUUAUCACAUAAUAAUAUAUAUUGCAAAGUAAGUUUAGGUAUUAUAUAGGUUGUCCCAGAAGAGAAUUGAUGCACCAUUUCCUAAUAGCAUAUUCUUGAUAUCAUGCAAAAUUAUAUUAAUAUUUGAAAAUAAAUCGAUAUCUGAACACUUUCAUUUCUAUGCAAUGUCUGAAAACGCAAACUUUGGUCAAACUUAUUGGCCAGCUAUAAAUGCUUUCCAUUUAAACUUAAUAUUUUGGUAUUAGGA